UUGCCGCUUAACGUUGAGAUACGGGAACGUUGUCCGUCGCGCCGUUAUUGUGAAUGAUCAAAACAAUUUGUUGGUUCUGUGUACAUAUCAUGAAAUAACGAAACGUGAAUGUGCUUGUUGGUUGAUGAUCGAUGAAAUCUGAAUUUAUAUACAAUAAGCUGGAGAAAGUAAAUUUAUAAAGCAAAGAAAUACUUAAGUUUAUAUUAUUUUGAAAAUUUUAAAAGAAUUAUUAAACAUUUAUUGGAAAUGUAAGUUGAUUUUUACUUCUUGUGAAAAUUAUUAUAAUGAAAAUUUAAAGCUUACAAAAUUCCCAAAAAAAUUAACACCUGUUGUAUUGCUCAGUGCGUGAUUGAAUUUUGUUACAAAAAAAGGCUAUACGUUACAUUUCUGCCUGUGCGCGUUGGUUUUGUUAUCUUCUUUUUUUGGUUGCCUUGCCUUUGUGUUUUGUUAUAGUGUUUAUGCAAACCUUUUUUGGAGUACCUUCUUUGUAUAGUGGCCAAAUAAAGUAAGCGGCGCGCAAAUGCUUUAAAAAAAAAGUGAUGUCUCUGUGGUGUGAAUUAACAUUUAAUUUGGUCAAUUGUCCAAAUAAAGAGUGUCAAUAGAAAUUUUAUUUAAAGCGCAACUAUAACUAUAUUAUGGUCAAUUAGAAAAUAAAACAAGUUUGUCAACAUGAAAUCAAUAUAAAAAAUUUGGUAAGAGUGCUGGUGGAAAUGUUGAAACUAAAUUAAGGAAAGUGAAUUUUAUAUGAAAUCAAAAGAAAAAAAAAGAAUAACUUUUAACCUCACACUCAUUUCUUUUUCAAAUAUUGAAGAAAAGAAAAUAAAAAGGAAUCAAAUCAAAUAAUCGAUUACUUUAAGUGCGUCUACAAAGAAAAUAAACAAGCCUCACUCAGGCGGCAGCAGCAAUCGAUCAAAUCAAGCAAUCCCCCCAAACCACUUGUUAUCAUUUAGUGCGUUCACUGUGUGUCAUUGUGCUUUUUAUAAAUAAACAAAAAUAAAAAUCAAUACACUUCUAUACUCAUCUGUUUGCCGCGCUUUGUGCUCCCCGCCCCACCAAACCUACAAUCAUACACAGCACCAAGUUUGUGUGUUCUCUUGAUUAAAUUGGAGUAUUGGUAUAUACAUAAAUUAUUGAACGACUGAUGGUGAUGGUAGUGGUGUUGGCUCCUCUUCAUCGUUAUCGCUGCAUGAUAAUCUCCACCCAUGAUUUCAAUAAUCAUGGUGUUUUGAUAAAAACACAAGACCAUCAUCGGCCAACCUAACAAACCAACAUUUGUCUGUCUUUAUCGUAUCUCUAGCCAGCGAACAUCAUCGGUCACCCCCCAAAACACACACAUGAGAAGAGUAGAAAGAAGAAAUUGAAAGAACCAUCAGCCAGUCAGUCAUAAUAAUAAUCGUCAUUAUUGCUGUUACUUGUUUUAGUGUUGUGCACUCUUAAAGCGCUUGUUUGUAAUAAAUUUUUUGGAAUAUUUAUUUAGCCAAAAUGCCAUAAACAAAUUAAUUCAAGUUAUUAAAGUAAAAAGAAUACACAAAAAAUAACAAAACCAAUCAAGUGCAAGUAGUACAAAACUUGCUCUUUCCUUUAUAUGAAGUAAACAAAAACAACAAUUGGAUAUCUUUAUGUUAUCGAUCUGUCUAACGAUAGCAAUACACAACAACAACAGGAGAACAUUUAACGGAUUAACUCUCAACUCGUCUACUCUCAGUAAAAGUCAACAAUUGUGCAUGCUAGCAGUCAACCAGUACCCCGUCUACACCAUUUGAAACAAAUAACAAGCCAAGAUAUGAGAAAGCAACACAAGUUUCACAUUUGAUUGGAUUUCCUUUUCGAGUUGUUCGACUAACAAAGCAUUAAAAUUUGCAAACAAAUCAAAAUACAUCGAGAGAAAGAGAAAAACAACAUCCAAUCCCAUGCACAAAGCAAAGAGAUUUCCUUUUUGCCAAACCUGCUGUUUUAGACAGCUGUUGCCGCCACACCAUAACGCAGCAUCAGCGAACUUGAAUGAAGAAACAAAUGUUUUAGCGUUUCUUAUUGUGAGCACUACCUGAGAAUGAAGUUUUGUUUGCCGCCUCGUCCCAUAUAAAAUAUCAAAGUAAGUCAGCAAAGGCAAAGACAACGACAAAGGAAGUAUUCGAUAUCUCAGAUAAAGCAUAUACCACUUCAAGCAGAUUUUAAAUUGAAAACGUGCUUAGUUUUUCAAGAAACACUAAAACAACUUCUCAUUGUGGAGGCACUGAAAUACUGCCGGGCCGCGCAGCAACAUCAUCAUAAGCUGUCGACGUUAUCACCACAAUGACAGUUAAAUUGGCAAAAUUAUUUAGUAAUUCCGCAACGAACAACUCCUUGAGCUCAUCCUCAACGCAGCAGUCACAGCAACAGCCACCUCCAUUGCCCCCGCCAAAUCCGCCGCAAGCCUAUAGCAGCUAUUAUAACUCGCAGCAGUUUUCCCACUUGCAGGGCAAGCCACAGAAACCCUACAAUCCCUAUAUGGACGAUGAGGAUGAUAAUAUGUCGUUGUAUUCGACAAGCGCCUCGAUUAUGACAUCACGCGAUCAUCCGUUCAAUAACUCCCAAAGGCCUUUGCUGGCCGAAAGGAAACCACAAGUAGUGGUGGCCAAGCAAAAUGGAGGCUCCGGCAGCAGCAGCAGCAAGAAGAAGCAACAUAGCUUAAAUAACAAGCAAGAUGUGCUGUCACAACAUCAGCAGCCCCAGCCGCAGCAGCAGCAGCAGCAACAAAGACAACAGAAACCCUAUAUCUCUCCAUAUGUGCAGCAACAGAAACGUGAUAGUGCCAAAGGUUUACAUGGCUUCAAUGAUUUCGACAUUCUUUCCCAGCAAUACAAUCAACACUUACAAUCCUCGCCGCACAUUGGCUAUCCUUACGGUAGUCCACCAUCGCCCACACAGACCUCCAAUGAUUUUGUAUUCGAUUCUCAGCCAGCCACAGAUCAGCAGUUUGCGAGUAUUUCGACUGCUUUAACAUCGACACCACGUUAUGGCAACAUUAGCAAUUAUGGUUCUACCUCCUCCUCGGCAACAGCUUCCCCCUAUUAUGUCAAUACGGAUAGCAUUUGCCCUAUGGUGGCGGCUACGGCAACCUCUUCCACCACCACCACCACUCGCCGUCCUUGCCCUGGCACUAAUGUGGAGACCAAUGCCGAUUAUUAUGGCAAAUCUUCACGUUUCGAAGAUGAUUUCUGUAAUCGCCGUAACAUGGACUUUGCCAAGAGUCACACUUUGCCCGAUACACCAUCGACGGCUAAUAGUAGUCAUUUGCAUGAGGGACCCUUCAUUUUUGGCCUGGCCCCAGAACAUCAGACAGAUUUUACGCGUAUGCCAACGGGUGGCAGGUCAUUUGGUGAUAUUUCCGAGGAUUCGGGCAUAACCAAAGACGAUGAUAAAUACUCAACAAAAGGCAGGCAACAACAAGCUUCCACAAGCGAUACAAGCUCAACUUCACGCGACGAUAGUACAACAACAACGGCAAGCAAUGAUGGCAUUGCCACCGAUGUCAGCAAUAGCUGUCGAAAAGGAGCUGCAAAAUUCUUAUUGAGAAAACGUAAAACCAAGAAAUCUCCGAGAGAAACUAAAUCCUUGAAAUCUCAGGAAAAGCCCUGUGUUAAAUGUGUGGUUGUUGGUGAUUGUGCCGUGGGGAAAACCAAUUUAAUACUCUCAUAUCUGGAGAAUCGUUUCAAUACGGAACAUGUGCCUACAGCAUCAGAUAUUUAUAACGCUGAUGUUAUGGUCAACGAUAGCCCAGUGCAUCUAACACUCUGUGAUACAGCCGGUCAGGAUACGUUGGAUCCACUGCGUGAACUUUGCUAUCCGGAUAGUGAUGUAUUUCUCCUAUGCUUCUCAGUGGCCAAGCCAGAAACAUUCCAUGCCAUCAAAACAAAAUGGGCACCAAAAUUUGCCAAAACAAAAGCAUCGCUGAUGUUGGUUGGGACCCAAGCGGAUUUGCGCACAAAUUCAAAUGUUCUGAAUAAAUUGCAGUCGAAUGGCGAAAAACCCAUUUCGUAUGCGGAUGCUUGGGAUUUGGCAACAACAAUUGGUGCAAAAUACAUUGAAACUUCAUCAGCAACACAGGAUAAAGUUAAAGAAGUCUUUGAUACGGCCAUCUGGGAAGGAUUAGCACCUACCAUUCUGCCACCCACACCGGCGCCAUUAUGGAAACGAUUAUUCUGUUUGGCCUAAAGCAGACGCACUUAGCUCGGCCAUCAUCAUCCUCAUCAUCAUAGAAGGCCUCAAUUUGCUUCUCAAUGCUGCAUCAAAGAGAGGAAAAAUUCAAAAGAAAUUGAAAAAAAUAACCUAGAAGAAAAACAAAGGAAAAUCUUAAGAAAAUGCAUAAAUAGACUGAUUAAUGUUAUAAAAAAGAAUUUCUGUUUUUUAUACGCUACCUACACAUAUAAAGCAAAGAUCAUAUAUGGAAUUAAUUAUGAAAUUAGGUGUUAAGAGAAACCAGCACACUUCUUUAUAUCCGCACAUUGUAUUCGUUUUUUUUUUUUAGUUAGAAGGAAAACAACAAAUUAAUCCUUAAAAUCAACCAUGUUUUCUUGUUGUCAUCAUUAAGUUUGAAAAUUGUGUUAACCACUACCCUUUAGAACUUUGUUUUGAAAAAAAUUUUUUACGAAAACUCAAUAACCCCCCUAAAAAAGUUAUUUUUUAUCUACUUAACAUGAUGUUUGUCCUUAAAUGUUUAAUUAUUUAGUACUUAUUCCUAGUUAUAGUUGCAAGAAGACAACCACCACCAACUACUUACCUUUUACCAGCUACAAUUAAAAAAAAAAAACAACUAAAUGUUGUUUAUUAUGUAUGAAUGUUUCUCAUGAAAAUAUACAUUUAUAUAUCAUUAUAUUGUUAAAUUUAUAUCAAUAUUUAAAUUCUAAAAUAUUUUUCUAGUAUUCUUAGUUUAUAAUCUCUAGGCAUUACAUCUCCAUAUCAUCAGCCCCACUUAAGGGAUAACUCGUAUCAUUUACUGCAAAAAUGAAACAAUUUAGACAAUUAUGUUAAACUUAGUAAAGACUUUGUUGGUAAUUGUUUCUAAACUUGUUUAUUGUUGUAAAUUAUAAUAACUUUUAUUUAGCAUAUGCAAUUUGUCCAAUGUGUGUUAUCUCCAUUUGCAGUGAAUUAUCCUCAUUAUUAUUAUGAUUAAUCUAAGAUUAGGGCAUUUCUGUUUUUGCUGUUAAACAAAUGUCUAAAGAGUUUUAUGAUAAAAGUCUUGAAAACAACACUCAUUCCAUCCAUCCAAGCGAACAUAUUGUUAAUCAAUAAGUUUUAUUUUAUGCAUCAUUAUAAUAAAUUUUCUGAUAUAUCGGUCAAGCAUUAA